AUGCGAGCCGUGAGUCUGUCGACGAUUGCUUUUGUGUGCGCUUGGGCGGAUGUGGAUUGUUCGGCGUACGUACCGUGGACGCCUUCGACGUCUGGGAACCCGCCGAUGGGCAACACGUGGAAGGUUUACUACGACGGCUUUGCGUAUGAGUCAACGACAUGGGUUGACGUGAGCAACAUACCGGGUGAUGAUUCGUUGGGUUGGAGUCCGUGGACUAAGAUUGGUCAGUGCGAGGCUGGCACAAUGGGCGAUGGUAUGUCGAAUGCUCCGGGAACGGAGGACUGUUCGGAGAUAUAUGCAUGGGAUCCACGUGCGAUAUAUGCCCAGGAGGGUCAGCAGGUUCACAGCGAGGGCGGGUUGUACAAGUCCAAGUAUUGGAAUGAGGGCGAGAAGCCUUCCUUAACUUCGGAGCCAUGGGCCUAUGUAGGCAAGUGUCUAACAGGUACGGACACCAAGGGACCUGAGAAUCCUACUCCAUUGCCGCCCCAAUGGAUGCUGGAUCUGACCUGUUCCUGCUGCGAUAAUUGUGGUACUAUAGUGAACGGCCAGGUGUAUUGUAAGGACGUUGCUGAAGAGAAGUGUUACUAUAAAUGGUGUGGAAAUGCACAUCAAAAGGAUGACGCUGCCUGUACUGACGCUAAGAACCAUCAAAAGUUCGCUUGGUGGAAUGGCGAGAUGCCUGCGUCCAAGCCGUCGUGGCCCAAGCAGGUAUACGCACCUUACUUUGACUCUGGACUUUACGGAUGGCCACCCCUCACUGAACUCGCUCAGAACUAUGGUGUCGACCAUUAUGUUGUGGCCUUUGUUGUUUCAACCAGUGAGCCAUCGCUUAAAACUGGUGGCUGUAAUGGCGCCUUUGCAGGUGCCAUUUCUAUCGAGGCGGGACCGACUUAUGAGAAGGAUGGCAAGUUCUCGUACCUGUAUGAUGAGUUGAAGAAGCUGCGUGAAAUGGGUGGUGAUUUUGUCAUUUCCUUCGGCGGUGCCAACGGGACUGAGUUAGCAGAUUCAGCAGAGUGCCAGACGGGCGAUGCUGUGGCUAAUCUGGUUGCGGAAUACGGGCGUAUUCUGGACUAUACCAACUCGACGCGUAUCGACUUCGAUAUCGAGGGACUGGCAUACUCUGGGGUCCAGGCCAACACCGGGUGGAAAUACCGAUUCGAAGCCGUCAAACAGUUGAAGCAGGCGCGGCCCAACUUGCACGUCACAUGGACGCUACCUAUCCUGCCCACCGGUCUAACGCUAGACGGUGUAAACUUCUUCGGACAAAUGAUGGAUCAGGACGCACCUUUCGACAUCAUCAACGUCAUGAACAUGGACUACGGCGAGUGUCCCACUAUUUGUGACAACGCGCGCAUUGACCAGUGCGAACGUGACGCCAUCGACAACCUCGUCGAACAACUAUUCGAUCUCGCUAGCACCAGAAAUAAAGCAAGCCAAUAUCUCUGGCACUCUAAAGAGGACGUCUAUGCAUUCGUUGGUAGUACUCCCAUGCUCGGCAAGAACGAUGUUACCUGUCUCACUUACACUCUGGAAGCAGCUAAAACCAAUCUCGCCCACUGGCAAGAAAAGAAGAUCGGCAUGCUCUCCAACUGGUCCGUGGCUCGCGACCAUCCCUGCCCUAGCAGCCAAAGUGUCAGCGUCGAUUGCUCUAGCUAUGAUGGCCAAACCAAGGACUACGAAUUCCUACAAGCGUUUGCAGCUUACACCAAGGCCUGA